CUGUGAUGCGCAGCCGAAUGACACUACGGUACCCGCACACCUCACGCACUGUAGUAUUGUGUGUUCCGGGAAAAGUCUGUUGAUCUCAAAUUAAAUCCAUUGCCCUUUUCAGUGCCGUUCGUGCUUUGUAUACACAUAUGAAAAACUAAUGGUGUUAUGAACAUGAUGUUGGGUGGGGCGUGCCCUUGAAUCGGACGUUUCUAGCACCUGGAUCCCCCCCUGGCCGCCGGUUGCUAUGGACCAACCACCUGGGAGCUUGGAUGAUCUACAGCCUCAGGACUUGUCCACCUGCAGCAUUCCUUCUGUGGUUGACCUCACCCGAAAAAGUGAGGCUACCUCCCUCGAAGCCAUGCGUAUGGGGAAAAGCCCCAGAUGGUACCCUAACUCUGGGAACGGCAGAACUGGACUACCCCUCGCAGAAGCCGCCUCGUCAGACAGCGAGGUUCAAUCUGGAAAUCAGAUUCAAUCGGACAAUGCCUUUUCCAACACUACCGUCACCCUGUCCUAUGUGAGCCGCUCUCAUGUCUAUUCCUCUCAGGAUUCUAUGUCUGCGCACUCGUCUUUAUACAGCGUUCCUUCCAUCACCAAGUUCUCCCUUCAGUCUUCUUGUGAGACGGAGAACGGGCUCGGGGAGGGAGGCUUCGCACUGGGCCAACACUACCGACAGCACUCCGAUGGGCCCAUAGACCUUGCCACACAGGCACAACUGCUCCAGGCUUUGGCUCAGGCCCAGGUUGGGGAGAAGAACGAUGAGACGCAAUUGUGUCUAACGCAGCCAGGGUCUCGUGGGCUCAAUGGAGGACUUCUUUGUGGUGAAGGUGAGGCCGAUGCAUGCGUACAAGGCGCUUUGGAAAACAGCCUUUUAAUGGAAACUGAAAGCAGUCUCAGCUUAGAGAACGGUGGACAAUGUCACAACUGGCCUUCUUCGGGUCAUUCAUCAACCCACACAGGAGAACAUCAGAGAAGUGGGCAUUUGGGGUCCAACAAGCUAUUUCCUGUUUCUGGAACACAGGAGCCUUCAGGGGCUGGAGAUGGGGUAGCAGGUGGAAAGCAUGGCUCGGCUUCAGCCACCUCCCAGGACCAGGUCUCUGUCCCCUGUCCACAGGCCUCCAGACUACCCAGUGCUGCAAACUCCCAUCCAGAGGAGGCCGAUGAGGUCAUCUGGGAUGGGCUGGACACAGAAAACCCCAUGGAACCCUUUCCCUCGGAGAAGGCACAGUGUAGCGGAGACUGUCCACCCAGAUUAGACGCCAGUAUGGAAACCACGUCGCCUGCCCGUAAACGCAAAGCGGCGUCGCAGCCGACAGACAUGGCUUGUCAUGAAGAGUUUGUGAAGGAGGUUUCAGCCAGGGAUCCGCAGAACGAUAAGUCGGAUGUCCUUCCUCACAUCAAUGGAAACACAGAGACACUCCCAGGAAGUUCUCCGCCUAGGAGGAAACUGCCGGUGCGUCUUGGCCGGGGAACAAGACUGGAGGCCAUGGUCCUGAACAUCUGCCCCAGCGCGUACAAAGUACCCGUGCACAAUGGCAAGACCACAUCAAAAGCCACCAAGAAGGCUGCCGGUCCUUCUCAGUCACCCAGCACCCCUGGGAAGGAGGGCUACCCCACGGGAGGGCAGAAGAAGGCAUCCCCGGCGGCAGUGACGGUAAAACAAAAGGCAGGGAGUACAUCCAAUAUGGGGAAGACUGACGGCAUAAUCACUGACAAUUGUAAAGAUUCUACAUCCGAUUGUGAAAUCUUCAAGAAUUCCAAAAACAUGCACAACGGCACACCCUCAAAAACGCCAGCUUCUUGGUUCCCUGCUCAAGGAAGGUCCAAGCCGUUGUCUUCUGUUCCGCCCCAGAUUUACAGACCUGACCUCACUGCAGAGUUGGAACCAGGGGAGGUCGAUUUCCCUUACACUCUGCCCGAGGCCGGGGUGACUUUCGAGACCCCGAUUAAGUCUCCAAAGAAAAGCCCUCCCGUGAACAGGGGCGCGGCCCAGGGCUGCAGCAGCGUCUCCCCCAGAAAGGCAGCCGCCAGACCUCCAAGGAGGAGGCGCAAGGUUCCCCCCGGCGGCCCCGCCUCCUCCAUGUUCUCCCCCGCCGAGCCCGAGAUCAAGUUGAAGUACGUCACCUACAAGGAGGACCGGCGGGACCCGCGCUUCGACUCCUUCUCGCCGUUGGUCCGCACGCACCCACAGCGGCCGUCGGCGUCCUCGCCGUGUCUGUACAGCGUCAUCAACUACGCCGAGGACGACAGCUCGCGGCCGGACGGCCAGCCGCAGGGCGCCCCCGGGAGCGUCCUGUCGGGGAGGACGCCCGUCUCCUCCUGCCUCCGGCCGGGCCGCGUCUCCGUCCACGGGCAGCACCGGCGGGCCCUGGUCUGCUGCCUGUGCGGCGCCUCGGCCAACGCCACGGGCCUGGGCGACCUCAACGGCCCCUACUACCCCGACGGCUACCGGGCCACGGGCAAGACGAAGGCCAGCGCGUCGGAGACCAAAGCCAACGCCGAGGAAGAGGGCGGCGGCGGCGGCGACGAGGAGGAGGAGUCGAGCGACUCGGACUCGUCCGUGUCGUCCUGCAGCAUGCGGGGCGCCGGCGGCCGGCAGCGCGCGCGCCCUCCCCCGGGGUCGUGGCCCCAGAGAGGGGCCGUCCCACCGCAGCCGACGGAGGGCCCGGCCGCCAACCAGGCCCGGAUGGAGGGCGGCGGAGGGCCGGAGGCGGUCGACUGGUACAGCCCCCCCGUGGUGCCCCAUGAGCCCUGUGAGUACUGGCUGCACGAGGACUGCUGCGUCUGGGCCGCGGGGGUGUUCCUGGUGAAGGGCAAGGUGUACGGGCUAGAGGAGGCGGUCAAGGUCGCCCAGGCAACGACGUGCUCUGGCUGCCGGCGUCCCGGGGCCACACUGGGCUGUCUCCUCAAGGGCUGUCCCAGCAAGUACCACUACCGAUGUGCACUGGAGGCCGACUGUGCGCUGGUGGAGGACAACUUCUCCAUGAGGUGUAAAAAGCACAAGAACAAGUCGUUGAGAGCCCCCAGUGGGAACCGAAGAGAUGGCAGAUGACGGAGAGCAGAGGUCCUCUAAGGUGAGUGCAUCUGCUCCUCCCCCCCCCACCCCAGGUAACCAACAGCAACCAACAGGGGGGGGGGGUGCUCCCGGGCGACCUGAAGACGCCCACUCCGUCAGGACGCCGGCCGCAACGCUCGCAUGAAACGGCCGUGGAAGAAAAGAAAUGCACAACGACAGCGACCCCCGAAAGAACCUGGUUCCACCACCAGCCCUGCUCGGUGGUGGGAGACCGCCACUAACCAGCUCACUAACUAGCUGACAAAGCCCUAACCUGACCCAGCCCCCCCCCCCCACCCCAGUCCACCAGAAGGAGGGUGCACUUUACUUUGGUUUUUAACCAACACAUGCUGAAUUUUUGUAAAGUUUUUGGUAUCAAUUAUUUAAGCGGAAAGUGUAAGGAAAAAAAAAAAAAAAUAUGAUAUGGCAAUCAAAGAUAUUUAAUGAUUUAAAAGACUUUGUAAGUAUGCAAUUUUGAUUUGCUUAUUUAUUUUGUUUUUUUGUAUUUAUCUUUUUUUUCUUUUUUUCAGUUUCUUCUUUAAUUUUUACUAGGUUAUUGCGGAUUUUAAAAUCUGCCGGGAUAACCCAUCUCACCGGCUACCCAAGCGGCUGCUAGGGAUUGGUGCACACUCUGAGCCAAUCAGUAGCAGCGGUGGCUUUACCCGUGUUUAGUGCUGUCCCAAGUGGUUUGAUUUUAGUGUCCACUCCUGGUAACAAAACCCAUUCAUACGCAUUUUCAGAGGCCUCCCACUUUCAUACCGUCGGACAUGGAAUGAUGGAAUGUUCUGUCGUUUGGUUCAGUCUUUCUGAUGUACUUGUGGUGGGGUCUGUACCCAGACUCACUCGACCAGGAGCACAGGGGAGCAAGGCUUACUCUUUAUAGAAAUGGACCUUCGUUUGGCCAGCAGUCGUCUCCGUGGAGGGUAACAGGGGAGAGCAUUAACUUCUGAAAGCUGUUUAGCUUCACAACACCAGACCCCCACCCCCACCCUGAGCAGGAAGGAGUGGUGCUCUGCAAGAAGCACUUUGGAUCCAAAUAAAAUUGUGAGUGGGGGUGCGCCCUGUUUGGGCCUUUCUCUCCUGGUUCUCAGAAGGCUUCCACACGGAGGAUCUGAGUCAUCUCCAUCCACUGCUAUGGAGGCCCCAUCCUGACUCUAGAGGGGAGAGGUUUCCUGAUUCCUGCGUUGGCUAGAAAGCACUUUAUCCACGAGGCUUGAAUGUGUGCUCCUGUCGUAGGGUCAGACUUUUGUGUGUGUGUGUGUGGGGGGGGGGGGGGGCAUGGUGGUGUGUGUAGAUGCUACAGCCAUCCACGCCUUUGUAGUAUUGUAGUCUAAUCGCAUCGGAAGGCUGGUCUAGACUCUAGAUUGUAUAUAUGUAUGACUGCGUGCAGGCUGAGGUAUUCUCCGUAACUAACCUGAUUAAACCGGCAUUAUUCCAAUUGUCUGGGCCAUUUGCGACCGUGGUCAGCUUCCUGUGUUGGAACACCGGAUUGUAGGCCUGUUAGUCGAGCCUAACCAAAGGUUGCCUUGGUGAACAAAGUCCCUUGGUGUAGUAGUUAGCGCUCAUUCAAUUCAUUCGACCGCAAGGAGGAGUUACCUGGUGGCACAAGGGAAUGAAGGGGAUCUGAAUUCUGUCUGAGGCCUGAACCCAUCUCUGCUUCAUAUGGUGGUCACAUGGUCCUGGAAGAGCACACAGCCUUUUCUGGUCUCUACGUUUUGGGAGGGGAAUUUAUGAGUCCUGGACCUAGGGAGAAAGCUCAUCAUGUUUCGGCAGUGGAUUUGUUGUACCGACUGAGCUUCUGCAAGCACGAAGACCAGAGUUUACAACUCUUCGGGUUGAGUGUCUAGGCUGAGUUCUGUUGGUUCAUUCUCAUUUUAGCCUUUUUCUUUUCCUGACUGUUGUACAAUAUGUAUGUUCCCCAUACCUGUACAAACAAAAGCCUUAUCUCCCGCGGAGGAGAACACCUCCUUCUCCCCAGGGCUCACCAGCGACACUGCAACGACAAAUCAUUGGAUGUACAUCGCCUGCAAUGGACAUACUGAAGACGAAAGGACACUUUUCCAUCACCAUUCAUCUUCAGCUCUUGUUUCUGGGAGUCCUUUUGCAAGCAGAACGCCUUACCUGUGACAUACGCACACACACACACAGCCUGGGACCUGCAUGAGACUUCAGAAUCAGAGUCUUCUGUCUUGUCAAUCAGUAGAACGUUGUGUAGUGAAACACAGCCUCUAGGCAGUGUGGUUAACUGGCCACUAGGGGCAGCGUUGUACUGUGAGUUUCCCUGAAGGGCAAAUAAGAGACCAUCCGGGAACGGCUGCUUCUCUAUCAACUGCCAUUUUAUUUAAUUUUUCCCAGAAUAAAUAAACGGUUCCAGACGUCAACAAGCAGUUGCACUUCCAUGGUUAUGAAUUUAAGCCUUUCUCACUGCGAUGAUUUAUUUGAAAUGCAUUGUACCAAAUUAAAUUAUACUUUGUUCGGGGGGAGUGGUGGUAUGUAUGUUAUUCUAAUUAAACAUGUGUUUGGAUUAUAAUAUAUUGAGUGUCUAAAUCUCAGGGCCCACUUUACUUUUACCUCGGUUUUGUCUUUUCACCUUCUUGGUCUAUUAACAGCUACAGUGACUGUUUGUUUGCAUUCAUCUUAUCCGAAGCAAUGCCCCAUGUCUCACACAAACACACACCCACACACACAUUCCUGUGUGUGGCAGUGGAAGGUUCACACUGCCAAGCCAGAACAUCUUUUUUUAUUUGUUUCAUAUCGUCUGUUAAUACCUCUAUUAUGUGCUCAGACGUCAUUUAAUGAUUAAAUAUUUUGUCCAACCAUGUCUCCUUCUCCCAAGUCUUUCCUUAGCGGCAUAUAUUAAUGCAGGACCUUUGACCCCAUGGGCUGUUUCAUUGGCCAUUUGGUGGUGACUUGGUUGAAUGCUGUGAGAAACAUCCCUCAAUUCACAGUGGAAGAAAAUACAAACUUUUUAUUUGAUUCCUCUCAAAAUAUAUCUUUUCUCGUUUUACCCCGUCAGCCCAGAUCUUUAUUUAGUCACAGCUUCCUGUCCAGCCUUCAUUGUUAUUAUUCAGUGAUUGGUGACAGUUGCACAUAUUGGAUGAUAACUGGUCAACUGGUUCAGUUACUGUGUUUAUAAUGAUAUGAUGCAAGUGCUGGCAACCAGAACACUGUUUGUGAGUGUGUUUUUGAGCCUGUGUGAGUAUUUCAGUGUCUGGAUGGAAUAGAAAACCACACUUUUUUUAUUUUGUGUUUUUAUUGUUGACUAAAUGGGACUUAACAGGAAGACGGUUGUAUUGCAAAGACAACCGGAUAUGAGUUCUGGUGGUGUGUUCUUCUACUACCUAAAACUCCACUUAACUAAAAUAAUUAGGAUGGCUUCAAAAUAAGUCACUGGACAAAGAAAACACAGAUUACAGUUUGCAACACAUUACAUCAUGGUGGAAGUGGACGAAGUAGGCUACACAACCAAAGUACUUAAAGUACACAUAAAACCUACUGGACUAUAAGUGAAGUUACCUCGACCGGUUAUAUUGGAGUAUCCAAAAGUGCAUUUUUCUUUAAGUUUGCACGCUGCUGUAUGAUGGGUCCUCGAUGCAUUUAAAGAAAAUAUAGCCGCUCUCAUCUGUUGAAUCCCCUACCGAGUGAGGAGCACCAUAUGUGCAAAACAAGAAGCCUGAUGAGAAGAUGAAGGGGUUGACAGUCAAGACCUGAUCAGCUGAUAACCAAUCAACCGAUGCAUUCAUUGACGUAAGGAAGUGACGCUGAGAAACUGAAGACUUUUAACUCCAGUUCAGUUAAAGGGUUAAGUACUUUUUAAAAAUAAUUUAAAGGAGUCUAGGACAAAUCCUACUUGGUGGAGUCGUAGUUGAGUCAGUUUGAUGGCAGUUUGGGCAACUAGUGACCUCUGAGUGGUCACAACACAGACGUAGGAGUCGGACUACACCAUUUCUAAGAAUGGUGGCCUUUUCAGGGGGGAGGGCGGGUAUCUGGUACAUCUAUGAUCAUAUGAAACAAUGGUAAUAUACAGUCAAGAAAGAUCUCCAUUUUGCCUUGUAUGUAUUCGUCUCAAUGAGCUU